AUGACUGGAGGAUUUGAGAAGUCAGUAAAAGGGGCCACAAAGCUCAAGCUUGCGGCCCCUAAAUCCAAAUACAUUGAGAAUAUCCUUGUGGCAACUCAUACCGGCGAGGCAGGAGUCGCAGAGGUGUUCCGAACCCUCCAAAUACGACUCCGAGACUCAGCAUGGACCAUUGUUUUCAAGGCGCUUAUCGUCCUCCAUCUCAUGAUCCGAGAGGGCCAACUGGAUGCUGCGCUGGGAUACUUGUCCGACAAUCCAAAGAAGAUUGCGCCCAGCAAUUUCUCGGAAGCACAAUCGCAGGGACACAACAUCCGACGAUAUGCUGAAUACCUAAUCACGCGUGCCAAGGCGUUCGAAGCCUGCAAGACGGAUCAUCUAUUGACCGAUGAGCCCGAGAAUGAGAUCAGUCUAACCGCAUUCCGUCUCCUCACACUUGAUCUUCUGACCCUAUAUUCGGUCAUGAAUGAGGGCACAAUUAAUGUUUUGGAACACUAUUUUGAGAUGUCGCGACCGGAUAGUAUACGUGCCCUGGCAAUCUACAAGACGUUCACAAAACAAACGGAAGAAGUGGUCCAGUUCCUGGGAGUGGCAAGACAUUUCCAAUCUGCUACCCGCCUGGAAAUCCCGAAGCUCAAGCAUGCCUCCACAGACCUGGCGCGCCUUCUCGAGGAUGAUCUCAACGAUCCUGACUUCGAUCUUCGCCGACGCGAGUACUUGGCCAAGAAAGGUGUACGCGUUCCACCGAGUAUGAAAGCCAGUGCGACUGCAGAUGUGUCAAAGCCAAUGCCGAAUACGCCGGCGUCAAACCCACUUAGGCAGGCCGAACAACCGAAGCCACCACCUGUAGAUCUGAUCGACUUUUUUGAGUCGAUUGAGCAGAACCAGCAGCCAAUGGCGCAACAUACUGCAUUGCAGUACCAACAAACAGGGUUCCAACAGCCGCCGCCGCAAGCACUCUAUCCCCAGCAGACUGGUUUCCAACAGCAGCCUCAGGCGAUUCAACAGCAGCCCUCGGUAACUGGAUAUGGCCAGCUGACCCAAUAUGGAGCGCCUUAUCAAGCACAAGGCCCAAACAAUCCAUUUGGACAGCCGCCGCAGCAACAGCCGCCGCUACAGCCACUUCAAGCUAUGCCAACUGGCGCUGGGUUUGGAGGGUACUCCCCCCAGCCGCAGUCGUAUGGCUUUCAGUCACAAUUGGCUCCUAUUCCACAGGAAGCAAUUGCCGCUUUCCCUGAACAGCAGCAGCAGCAACAAGCACCUCAACCCUUGCAGCCCCAGCACACCAAUCCGUUCCGCCAGUCAUCGAUGCUCAGCACUCCUACGGGCGCUCAGCCACCCGCCGCUCCUCUAUCGCGACAGAAUACGAACCCAUUUGCGAGACGACUCUCCGCAGCAAACACGCAAUAUAACCCACAUGAGUCAUUUCAGCCUGUGCAACCCCCGCCAGUGCCCCUUUCUCAGCCACCACAAGCGCAGCCGAUUCAGCCUCAGCGGACGGGAACCAAUCCUUUUGCACGGGCUUCUCCUGCUCCGCAGCAAGGUCUACAACCCCCAGCAGCUGCCCCCUUGCGGCCUAACCCAACUGGCAGCACCAACCCUUUCCGACAAAGCCAGUUUAUUAAUCAGCAGACCGGACAAGGUUGGCAAAACAGCGGGCAGAGUGGUACAAUGGGUGGAUUAGAACAGCUGGACACAGUGCAGGUCUUCCCGCGUCCCGGCAUGACCUAA